GGUCAGGGCGGAGCUGAGAAACGGCAGAGGCGGAAGCAGCAGGCGGCGGGGCGGGGAAGGUGCUGGUCCCGGAAGGAGGAGGAAACUAGAAAAGAAAACAGCAACAAGCUGAGCUGUUGUGAUAGAGGCAAACAAAAUGGCGGCGCCGAAGGGGAGCCUCUGGGUCGGGGCCCAAAUGGGGCUCCCGCCGCUGCUGCUGCUGACCAUGGCCCUGGCCGGAGGCUCAGGGACUGCUUCGGCUGAAGCGUUUGACUCGAUCUUGGGUGAUACGGCGUCUUGUCAUCGGGCCUGUCAGCUGACCUACCCCUUGCACACCUACCCCAAGGUGCCUGCCAGUUUGUACACAGUGGAUCACACAGAAGAGGAGUUGUACGCAUGUCAGAGAGGUUGCAGGCUGUUUUCAAUUUGUCAAUUUGUGGAUGAUGGAAUUGAUUUAAAUCGGACCAAAUUGGAAUGUGAAUCUGCAUGUACAGAAGCAUAUUCCCAAUCUGAUGAGCAAUAUGCUUGCCAUCUUGGUUGCCAGAAUCAGCUGCCAUUCGCUGAAUUGAGACAAGAAAAGCUCAUGUCCCUGAUGCCAAAAAUGCAUCUACUCUUCCCUCUAACUCUGGUAAGGUCAUUCUGGAGUGAUAUGAUGGACUCUGCACAGAGCUUCAUAACCUCGUCAUGGACUUUUUAUCUUCAAGCUGAUGAUGGAAAAAUAGUUAUAUUCCAGUCUAAGCCAGAAAUCCAGUAUGCCCCACAGUUGGAGCAGGAGCCUACAAAUUUGAAAGAAUCGUCGCUAAGCAAAAUGUCCUCAGAUCUGCAAAUGGGACGUUCACAAGCACAUAGAAACUAUCUUGAAGAUGGAGAAAGUGAUGGCUUUUUACGAUGCCUAUCUCUUAACUCUGGGUGGAUUUUAACCAUGACUCUUGUUCUCUCUGUGAUGGUAUUGCUCUGGAUUUGUUGUGCAACUGUUGCUACAGCUGUGGAGCAGUACGUUCCCUCUGAGAUUCUGUGAGCUGAUCAUUGUUCUUCCCCACCUCCUACCGUGUCAGUCAUCUUAGUUAAUAAGCUGAAUACUCAGUAGGAUAUGAUACUCCUGCUCAGAAGUGGCCCAUAGCCUGUAAUUUGAAAUUGAGUAGAAAAUGCCCUUUAAUACACUACAUUUUCAGUUGUAUUGAACUGAAAUCAUUAAAAUUUUAUUUGAAUGAUUAUGUGCUGAAAUUUGAGUUAAUAUACUCCUGAUUUUCCAGAUCUUCCCUUGCACCCCUACCCAACCCAGAAAAUACUUAGGAAAUGUGCUCUAUUUAUUACUAUAUGAUGAUCAGGGAGCAAAUUAAAGCAAAAAUGACUCUCACAAGUGCAUUUUAUGUUAUUUUGCACAGGCUAGAGAUUUUUUUGUUGGAUAGAUCUUUCCAAAGAAGUAUUUUUCUGUUAGAAAACAUAUCAAGUAUAAGUUAAAGAUAUUUUCAGAGAAAGCUUUUCAUUUUGACAGUAAGAAUUAGACUCUCGUGAUGCAGAAUUAAGUAUAGAAUUCACUUUGCAAAAACUGUUAUUAUCAUUCCUUUGUUAUUAUUAUCAAUAAUACAGGUACAAAAAUAAGAGUGACAUCAGGUAACAUAGUACACCACAGUCUUAAAUGAUUCAGUGUCAUUAUACUGUGAAAUCUUAAAUGACUUUGCAAACCAAUACUUUCCUGACACAGGCAUUACUGGCAACUGCAGUCGUGCUAUUUAACUAAAGAAUGAGUCACACACUUACCUUCAGCCUAGUCGUUAGCUUUCUCUGAGUCAAAGGAAAAUACAGUUAAUUAAUCAAGUAAGGCUUUGGUCACAAAAUACAGGUUUGGGUUUUUUAAAUAGUAGGUUGUCUAGAUUUGGAAGAUAGAGAGUUAAAAAGUAUGUGAACACAUCCAAAUGGGGAAAAGAGGAGGCAUUUCUAAGCAGUCAUCAUCUGUCUCUGAUUUUUUGUGAGAAAACAGUUAUAGAACAUGAGAAAUGGAUUGGAUUUACCUUAAAAUAAGCCCAGUUGUCUUAUUUACCACCCAUGGUACACACUUAUGUUCAUUAAUCAGACACAGGUUUAAUUGUAAUGCAUGCAAGUGAAGCAAACUGAGGCGAGUAUAUUCAAAAUGCUGCAGAUUUAUAGAAGUCAGGGAGCCCACUGUUAGGAUAUGUAAAUAAGAAGGAGCAACUGUAUAAUUGUCCUGUGUUCUUCCACCCUCCCGUGGCUUUGUUUCUCUUCGCUUCCUGAAUGAGUUACCCCUGAGAUACCCUCAUUCCUUUUGAAAGCAUUGAUCCAAUUUUAGACAGACUUUCCCCUCUUGUUUAUGAGACAAUUCCUUGUAUGAGGAAAUACCCAGUCAUUCCUGUUAUUUAGUAGGCACUCAAAUAUUUGUGUCCUGCCUUUUUAUUUUAGCAUGAUUAAACCAGGCUGACAUUUUCAAAAACAGUUUACUUUUAAAAAAGAAAAGAAAAAUUACACCCCCCCCCCCAAUGUAUACAAGCAUAAAAGUACUUGACUUGAAAAUUCCAACAAAAGCCAAAGAACUGGCCAUUUCUCCUAAAGUAACAGUUUAGCCCUUUGGGUGGGCCCAACUUUACUUGUUCCAUUAGACAGGUAUCACCUUCUUUCCUACCACACAGCAUCUUCUUGAGAAGCUUGCCUCAGUCCUAGGCAAAUUAUCAAGACCCUUGAAGUCUCUGGUUCAAACCUACCAGACUCCUAAGGUCCUUGCUUGGUUCAGGCCCCUGGUCUAAGAGACAUACUGAUUCAGGCAAUUACAAAGACAGUAGGAAUCACCAUAAUGAAUGAUUUAGGCCCAAGAUUCCCAAUCUUUUCACAAAAUUUCAUGAAUACCUUAUAUAUAUGACAUCUUUUUUGUAAAUCAGAAAUUACCAGAUUAUCUGGUCGAAUCUCAGAAAUCCGUAUGAUGUGUUAUCAGCCAAUCUGAGCUGCUAGUUAGCGUGUGAAACCUAGUCCUUUCACUCUGAGCCAAAAGCAAACAACUUUAUCCCGUAUUACUAGUCUGUAUGGCUUUAUCUUAGAUAAAUGUGCCAUUUCUGCUAUGAUUUUUUAAAUAUAUAAAAUAGUUCCAUUAUAAUUUUUGUGGGCUCUUAAGUAUCUUAGGACCACAUGUCGAGAAUCAUUGAUAGAGAGGUUUCUAGACUUUUAUUGAUAAAGCUAAUCAGCACCCCCCCACCCCCACCCCAACCUCUGGAGCAAUCUAUGAAAACAUUCUCAGCUGAGUGCCACACCAUGGCAGUGAUUUUGCUGAGCUGUCGUAGUAGAGAUCCACGGUUUAACCAUUCAACAACCACUCGAGAGCCUGAGUGCCAGGCCCUAUGCUGGGAGAUGGGACUGCAACAACAGACAAGACCCAGCGCCCAGCUCUGGUUGCUCAGAUUUGAAAGAGGAGACAGACUAUUACUAAUGUGAUAAAUGCUAUGACCAGAUAAGCAUGAAGUAUAGGGGAGGACCCCUAACUUCUGGGAGGAAGUGAUAUCCAAGCUUAAACCCAGAGAGAAAAAGCCAAACAGAAUGCAAGGAGCAGUGUUCCAGGCAGUGAGGACAGUAAGCUUAAAGACUUAAGAGGCAAGAGGGUAAGGGAGCAGCAAAUUGUUCAGCAGGCUGAGAUAGAGCAUACAGAAGCAUAGCAAUAGGUAGGGCUGGGUGGAUCACAUAGUAAAAGACCUUACUAAACCUGGACUUGGUCUUGAGCAAGGUGGAAAGCAUAGGAAGGCUAUAAAGCAAGAGAGUUGCAGGGCUUUAGAACGAUGCACUUGACAACAGUGCACGAUAGACCAGAGGGGCAAGUCCAGAGGCCAGCGAUGUCUUGGCUCUGUAGUAACCUCCAAGAUCUAUUAAAUUUUGUGCUUUUCCAGCCACAGAGAAACGGGAGAUUCCAUUCCCUUUCCAGGGUUUUGUUUUUGUUUCUUAAGGCCCAAUAAUCCUAUUUCAUUUUGUUUCACAUAUAUUUUUGAGCUCUUAGGUAUAAGGCUCUCUGUUCCUCCACAUUAUUGUUUGGAUGGUAAGCCUAGUCUUUGGGCCAUAGUCACAAUCUGAGUAUUGCGGAGCAAACUGGGAAGGCUGUCCCAUGCACUCCUAAGCUUCUUACCAGACUUGACUUUGGGCUACAGUUUUAAACCACAAUGCUUGAUCAACUUAUCCCCGUCCUCAAAUUCUAGGUUUGCUAGCCCAGUGUCUACUAACCCAGUGUGCUCCUGAGCCCCUCCCACCACAUUUCCAGUUGCGGAGCAGGUUAUGUUUGAAUAUGAGUAUCAUUAUGAGCUACCUUUCUUAUCUUUUUUUCCUUCACUACUUUGUUCCAGAGUCUGGGGGUGGAGGUAUGUAUAGUAACAGAGAUAGAAGGUUCAGAUAGUGGGAAGUGCAGCCUUCUGUGGAAAGCUAGAUUGUACAGUUAGUGUGGACUUUCCGACUCCUUGCAAUACUGUAAUUAAGUUCAGAAGUAUGGUUUAUGUACCUUUACUGAAAUGUGUAAUUGUUGACGCCAGCUUACGUAUUUCUUUUUUAAGUGUUCUCUUCCUGUGAUGUUAACGACUUAUCUGUUUAGAGCAGGUGUUCUUAACCCUUUUUCAUGCUAUGGACCUUUCUGAUAAUCUGGUGAAGCCGAUAGACUGUUCCUCAGAAUGUUUUCACAUUAAACUAAAUAUGAAGGAUUGCAAAGGAAACUAUAUUAAACUAUAGUUAUUAAGGUAUUUUUGAAAUUUUGCAACUAUGUAUAUAUGUACUUCUUUAUUAACACAUAAAAUAAGGCCUACUGGUGGCUCUAAAACUCCUGGAAUUUCAAAGUAAUUUCAAACUAUUGUUUUGAAAGGUCUGCAACAAAUGUAAUAUCUAAAUGUCUGAUUUCUUCUAUUGGUGAUAAAGUCACAGGUACUGCUAACAGUACUGUUAAUCGUUGCCUGUGUUCAUAAUUGAAGGAAAUGCUGUAUUUCAGUUAGAAGUCGGUGAAAAUACUAAUUUUUUUCUCAUCCAAAUUCAUUGAACCCCUGGUUUAGAGGUUGUCUAAUUUUACUUUGUCAUUUUAAGAGUAAAAUAUUUUUGUUUGCUUCUUCAA